GUUCCUCCUACUCUUCCGACAGACACUUCCUGCUGCCAGCUGCCUUCUUUUUAACUUUUUGGAAAAUACAUUUUUUACUUUUCUUUCCCUAAAAAUUUCCACGGACCCUUUAGCACCCCUCACGCCUCCCGGGCGAACCCGUUUCAACCCGGAACUAAAACAUCAGGUGUUGUUCUCUUUCAACAUCGGAAGGAAUUGGAGGUUACACUGUUUACAUACAUGAGGGUCAUUGGCAGCAUGUCUUCGCUGAUCUCACAUGGCUUUAAAAGCAGUACACAGGAUUUUAACUUUGGGCCCUGGACAGUCACUGCUGCAAAGACUCAUAUUAUGAAGUCUAAAGAUAUUGAGAGGUUAGCAGAAGAGAUGCACAUGCCGGCUCUCCCAGAGAUGCUGUUUGGUGACAAUGUGUUACGCAUUAAGCACACAGAUGGUUUUGGGAUUGAAUUCAAUGCAAUCGAUGCUCUCAAACGUGUCAACAACAUGCAAGACUCUGUGAAAGUGGCUUGUGCACAAGAGUGGCAGGAAAGCAGAGCUGACUCUGAUCAUUCUAAAGAUGUGGUGAAACGUUAUGACUGGACAUACACAACCGAUUACAGAGGGACUUUACUUGGAGAGGACACACAGAUGAAGGUGAUGCCCACAACAGAACGAAUCGACAUGGAGAAGCUGAAAGCGCGAGAACAGAUCCAGUUCUUUGAGGAUGUUCUGUUGUUUGAAGACGAGCUGCACGAUCAUGGAGUUUCAAUGAUCGGUGUGAAAAUUAGGGUGAUGCCCACCAGUUUCUUCCUUCUGCUGCGGUUCUUCUUGAGAGUGGACGGAGUUCUGAUCAGAAUUAAUGACACACGUCUUUAUCACGAGGCUGGAAAAAAACACAUGCUUAGAGAAUUUAGCACACGAGAAAGUAAAAUCUCAAAUCUUCAGCGUGUUCCUCCGGCCUUUUACACGGACCCCAAUGAGAUCGCUCAACACUUACCACUGAAACUCACCGAGUGUGAGAAACUCGAGUUCCCGGAGAAAGACACACAAGCAGAAUGUAAACCGUACAGUGACACACUACAGGAGCAAAAUCAGAUGAGACAAACACACACACUAAAGACUCACUCUCACAGCGGUUUGAUUUGAAUUUAUCGGAACAUCAAAUGUGAUAUUGUCAUGUAAACUCUCAUCAUGGAAGUGUUUGUCCUACAGGCACUAAAUAUAAAUGGUAAAACUUUUAUAAAGGCGACAAAUGUGUGCGGUGGAAUAAUUGACACAGAACUGUUUUGUCUGAAUGUCAACAGGGAAGUUUUUGUUAAAAUCCUUUUAAUGAUUUAACUGCAUUGAAAAAUCUGUAAAUAUGAUGGCAAUGAACUAAAAAAUGAUUUGAUGUUAGUUCAUUAUUGUAACUAAAGAUAAUUGAAGUAUGUUAAUAACAUGGAGCUUGUGUGAAAGUUCUUGUAAAUUGAUGGUUGUCGUUGGGCGGGUUGAGUGUUGAAACACCGGAACUGUUAUUGGAGGUUUGAUGUUUCCAGUCAGUCCGAUUAAAUGUGAUGCCAGCUGUACAUGGGUUUGGGAUUCUGGCACCAGUGAGUCAAACAUAUUUUGAUGAUUCGUGGCUGUUUAACGAAUCAAACAUAUUUUUUUCCUCAAUGUUAAUUUUAGUUGCUAAUUAAUAAAAGGUAAUAUAGUUUAGUCAA